AUGGCAUCACCCAUCGGCGUCUGUGACCGGCGGGAGGCAAGGUUGUGCGCAGUGACCGGCGGGCGGGGGUUCAUGGCGAGGCACUUGGUGGCGGCGCUGCUCCGCUCCGGCGAGUGGCGGGUGCGCAUCGCCGACCUCGCCCCUGCGGCCACUCUUGAACCUGCCGAGGAGGAGGGGAUCCUCGGCGCUGCCCUCCGGGACGGCCUUGCUGUGUACACCUCCGCCGACGUCUGCGACCUACCCCAGCUUAUCCAAGCUUUCGAAGGGGUAGAAACUGUUUUCCAUACGGCUGCGGCUGAUCCUAGGAAGAACGACUUCCAGCUUCACUACAAGGUCAGCGUCGAGGGGACGAAGAAUGCCAUCGAAGCUUGUACCACAUGCAAGGUUAAAAGGCUCAUAUACACUAGUUCGAGCUGUGUUGUAUUUGAUGGAGUCCAUGGCCUCUUUGACGUGGAUGAAUCAACGCCAUAUCCAGAUAAGUUUCCCGAUGCAUACUUACAUACUAAGGCAGAAGCUGAGAAGCUAGUGAUGAGGGCCAACACAAACGGUGGCCUUCUCACUUGUUGUAUACGUCCUAGUUCCAUUUUUGGUCCUGGGGGUAUAUUGGUGCCAUAUUUAGCUGCUUAUGCGGCAACGAUGUUCAUUAUUGGUGAUGGCAAGAAUGAUGAUGAUUUUGUGUAUGUUGAGAACGUGGUGCACGGUCACAUUUGUGCUGAGAGAAAUCUCUCUACAAAAGAGGGUGCAAGGAGAAUUGGAGGCAAAGCUUACUUUAUAACGAAUACAGAGCCAAUGAAUUUAUGGGACUUUAAUUAUAUGGUUUUGGAAGAACUUGGAUACAAAAGAGGGACCAAAAUAAGAAUACCUUCCUAUCUUCUGGUGCCAAUAGCAUGUGUGCUAGAGUGGGGCUACAAUAAACUAUUCUCUCACUACAGAAUGUGUCAACCUCGUAUGCUAACACUCACAAAUAUUAAGUAUCUUACGUUGAAUCGAACAUUCAGUUGCAACAAAGCUAUUCAGGAACUUGGUUACAAACCAAUCAUCUCUCUCCAGGAGGGUGUCAAGGCAACUAUUGAACACUAUCAUGACUUAAGAGCAUGA